GUGAAGCGCCUCGGGGUGCGGUGCCGCCGGGCGUGGGUGGGAGGCAACGCCCGAGGGGAGGGCCCGCCAGUGCACGGGGGUGCGGGGCGCGUUGGCGAGAAUUGGAGGCCGCGCCGCCGCCAGCCGUCCGCCGUCCCGCCCAGCAGGAGCACGUUCCCUUUCGCCAUUGGAAGACUUUGAGUUCCAAGCUUUUUCCUGCUCACAUAGAGCCAUCCCUGCCCCGCCCGCCACCCCCUGUACAUUUUCGGAGAUUUAGGAUAGUAAUUCUAGACCCUCGGUUGCAUUUCUGUUGGAAUUUUUCUGGAAGUUGGAAUCUGGCAGUUUAAACAAAGAAUUUUUUUAAGAAAAAUAUUAGUAUAUUUGAUAGUCCCCAGAUUAGGUUAAAAGCCUUAUUCCCAAUAACUGUAAUUUUGCAAAGACAUGUUUUUGGUGUAAAAAGGUAUAGAUAUGGGUUGAUGAAAAGAAUCAAACUCUGAAAAAUAUUUGAAGAGAUUUAUUUUGAGCCAGAUUCAAGUGACCAUGGCCAGUGACAGUCCUCAGGAGGUCCUGAGAACAUGUGCCCAAGGAAAUUGGGGUACAGCUUGGUUUUAUCUAUUUUAGGAAGGCGUGAGACAUCAAAUACAUUUAAGAAAUACAUUGGUUUAGUUUAGAAAGGCGGGACAACUCAAUCGGUAAAUGUAAACGUUAUCUGGUUGAGGUUAUCUAAAGACCUGGGAUCCAUAAAAAGGAAUGUUCAGGCUAGAGAUAAAGGAUUGUGGAGACCAAGUUUUAUUGUGCAGAGGAAGCUCUUAGAUAGACUUUAGAGAGAGCAGGUUGUAAAUUGUUUUAUAUUGGACUUAAAAGGGUGCUUGGCUCUUAGUUGAUUGUCUCCUGGAUCUGGGAAGGAAGGAAGGAAAACAAAGGGAGAUGGGAAUUCUCACCAAAUGCAGAUUUUUCCUGCAAGAGACUUUGCAGUGGGGUUUUAAGGCAUAACCCCAGGACACUCACUGUGUUGCCCAGGUUGGAGUGCAAUGGUGAGGUCUUAGGCUCACUGCAACCUCCGCCUCCUGGGUUCAAGAGAUUCUUCUCCCUCAGCCUCUCGAGUAGCUGGGAAUACAGAAUAUUGAAGGAUGUUUGUUCCAAGAUCUCUAAAAAUCAAGAGGAAUGCUAAUGAUGAUGGCAGAAGUUGUGUGGCUAAGAUAAUUAAACCAGACCCAGAAGACCUUCAGUUGGACAAAAGCAGAGAUGUUCCCGUUGAUGCUGUAGCUACAGAAGCAGCCACAACAGACAGGCACAUCAGCAAAUCAUGCCCUUUCCCCAGCCCAGGUGGCAAGUUGGCAGAGGUUCAUUCAGUAAGUCCCGAGCAGGGUGCGAAGGACAGCCAUCCUUCUGAAGAGCCCGUUAAGUCAUUUUCCAAAACACAGCGCUGGGCAGAACCGGGGGAACCCGUCUGUGUUGUCUGUGGUCGUUAUGGAGAGUAUAUCUGUGAUAAGACAGAUGAAGAUGUGUGUAGUUUGGAGUGUAAAGCGAAACAUCUUCUACAAGUUAAGGAAAAGGAAGAGAAAUCAAAACUCAGCAAUCCACAGAAGGCUGAUUCUGAGCCAGAGUCUCCACUGAAUGCUUCCUAUGUCUACAAAGAGCACCCCUUUAUUUUGAACCUUCAGGAAGACCAGAUUGAAAAUCUUAAACAGCAGCUGGGAAUUUUAGUUCAAGGGCAAGAAGUCACUAGGCCCAUUAUUGACUUUGAACAUUGUAGUCUCCCUGAGGUCUUAAAUCACAACUUGAAGAAAUCAGGCUAUGAGGUGCCAACCCCCAUUCAAAUGCAGAUGAUUCCUGUGGGACUUCUGGGAAGAGACAUUCUGGCCAGUGCAGAUACUGGUUCAGGAAAAACAGCUGCUUUUCUUCUUCCUGUUAUCAUGCGAGCUUUAUUCGAGAGCAAAACUCCAUCUGCGCUCAUUCUUACACCAACCAGAGAGUUAGCCAUUCAGAUAGAGAGACAAGCUAAAGAAUUGAUGAGUGGCCUGCCACGCAUGAAAACUGUGCUUCUUGUAGGGGGCUUACCCUUACCCCCACAGCUUUAUCGUCUGCAACAACAUGUUAAGGUUAUCAUAGCAACCCCUGGGCGACUUCUGGAUAUAAUAAAGCAGAGCUCUGUAGAACUCUGUGGUGUAAAGAUUGUGGUAGUAGAUGAAGCUGAUACCAUGUUAAAGAUGGGCUUUCAACAACAAGUGCUUGACAUUUUGGAAAACGUUCCUAAUGAUUGUCAGACCAUUUUGGUUUCAGCCACAAUUCCAACUAGCAUAGAACAACUAGCAAGCCAGCUUCUGCAUAAUCCUGUGAGAAUUAUCACUGGAGAAAAGAACCUACCUUGUGCCAAUGUACGUCAGAUUAUUUUGUGGGUAGAAGACCCAGCCAAAAAGAAAAAAUUAUUUGAAAUUUUAAAUGAUAAGAAACUCUUUAAGCCUCCAGUGUUAGUAUUUGUGGACUGCAAACUAGGAGCAGAUCUUUUGAGUGAAGCCAUUCAGAAAAUCACAGGGCUGAAAAGCAUAUCUAUACAUUCGGAGAAGUCGCAAAUAGAAAGGAAAAACAUAUUGAAGGGAUUACUUGAAGGAGACUAUGAAGUUGUAGUGAGCACAGGAGUCUUGGGACGAGGCCUAGACUUGAUCAGUGUCAGGCUGGUUGUCAAUUUUGAUAUGCCUUCAAGUAUGGAUGAGUAUGUCCAUCAGAUUGGAAGAGUAGGAAGAUUAGGUCAAAAUGGAACAGCGAUUACUUUCAUCAAUAAUAAUUCAAAAAGACUCUUCUGGGAUAUUGCAAAACGAGUAAAGCCCACAGGAUCCAUUCUUCCCCCUCAGUUAUUAAAUUCCCCAUACCUUCAUGACCAGAAGAGAAAGGAACAACAGAAAGAUAAACAGACACAGAACGAUCUGGUUACAGGAGCUAAUCUUAUGGAUAUUAUCAGAAAACAUGAUAAAAGUAAUUCUCAGAAAUGAUUUUCUCUGCCACUUGAAUAUUUUUUUUAUUGUAUAUAGUCAGCAAAAAAUUGUUACUUUAUGGUUUGCAUAAAUGGAAAUGUACAUGAAUUUUAAAAAAUUUAAGAUAUUUUUAAUUUAAAAAAUUUAUAUAACUAUAUUGUAUUUAUUUCCCUUAAUUCUUAUAAAUUAAAAACAUCAGAAAAUGAAUUAUUAAAUAAAAGACAGUGUUUUCUUUUCUGGA